CCAUUGUAGAAUCUGUUACUAACCCCCCAGUCCAUUUUCUGUAAAAGACUGGGGCGAACUAUUAGGAUACUGUUCCCCCAGCGCCAUGGCAACCCUAGAGGAGCGUAAACAGUUUCAUGAGAAGGUCAACGAUGUGUUCAGGAACUUGACGGGAGAGCCUGGAAAGCGCUGGGCCAGGCCCGAUGCGCCUAUCCUGCACACCCUGAACGACGAGAAGGAGGAGCCGCACAUUUUCUUUCACAACACAAACUAUCGCACAUCGCGGAAGUACAUCAACUUGGAGAAGGUCAAGAUCCUGAGGCAGCAGGCUCUGGAUUGCGUUCGUUCGGCCGGCUCCGCACGUUACCACAAGUGCACCGAGAUUAUGAAGCGAUUCCAGGCUGCCGUCCGGGUGUCAUCAAAUGUGGACCGUGGCCCGCUGGCUCGCAAGCGCGAUGUCGGGUUCGUAUACCACAACAACCGUCUCCGUGAAUUGCAGCAGCAGGCCGCAGAGCUGGAGAUCGAGAACCCGUACCCUCCCCCGGCCAAGCAGGCUACUGGUGGUUACUGAAAACGUGCACACUGGAAUUUCUGGAAAACAUGAAGCUCUCAGGUUGGACGUAGCACAUGACGCGCGGAUGUGCUGCAGGAGGUUCAAUCCAGGCCAGGAGCGUCUCUGUUUGUGGCGGGUGGAGAUUUCUGUAAUUCGGUUUUUACAAUGAUGGCCAGUGCUAUCAGGUCUAUCAUGCCCAGCAUUUCACGGGAAGAGAUAGUCACAGUUUUUUCUUGGUGCGUGUUUAUUUUGCUAAUUCAUCAAAAAUACAGUGUAACAAGACCCACAUCGCUUUCC